AUGUCCAGCAUGACUCCACCGGUCGCGUCGACUCCUGGUUCAACGACAGUCUCGAACGGCAGCUCGCGUACAAUCACUGGCGUCACUAUCACCUGGAUCACGUCCACAAGUAGUUCAGGCAAUCCACAAGCUACGACUCCUGGUCAGUCUCCAAGCUCUGCGGAUGGUGCUACCUCUGUUGCGCCACAGCCUAUUGGUUCACCACCAAUCAGCUCCUUCACCGCAGCAUCGACGUCGGCAGAUCUGGCCACCAUCACGCCGCACCCGACACCCGAUUGGCUCUGUCCUUACUCGGUGGCGCAGCGCUGUGUCGUCGACCCCAUACUGCCCAGUGGAUGGGGCUGUCUCUGUCCUCACUGUUACGCUCCGCAGUCCAAGGACGACCACACCGGAAUCACGUCGGGGUUGUUCAACGCCACUCUGAAGACCAGAACAGUUGAGGGCGGUGAUGGUUCUCAUACUCUCAUACCAUACCGCGCUUGGGAGUGCAAGGCUGGCCCGAUGUGUUUUCCGCCGAACUUCGACUUCGGGUGUCUUUGGCCUCCCUGGAAGUGGAUCAACUGCCUAGGACCGCGUAUCUUCAACGGGUUUCCCAAGUUCAGAGUUCCAUUCCCACCACCCAUCGGACCCGAAGACCUCAACUCUGAGCUUGAGAUUACUGUAUAUCCCUCUGGUGCAGCCCUUCCCGAGCCCAAACCAGACGAUGAUCCGGACGACCCAGAUCAGCCGGACCAAACUGAAGAUCCCGAUCAGUCGACAAGUCGCUCUUCUUCCACUUCAUCGUCAUCUUCCACGUCCUCCGAAUGCAGCACGUCGACGUUCUCUGCCUGUACCACUUCCUGCACGCCGAUUGUGAACGGCGGGUCCACAUCGCAAAGUUGCACCUCAUCUUGUUCAACAGCAACGGGAUGCUCAGGGCAAGACACUGCGACAACAACGACCGGCGCCUGCACGAUGUCGCCGUACUGGGAUGACCAAGGAAUCAAAUCCUCAAUCAGUUCUCUGCUGGCAGGAUUUCCGUUCACUAUCGACGACCUGAUGCCCAACGAGACGACCACGACCUCAAGCUCGACAAGUUCGACAACGAAUUCCACUGAAGCUUGUUCGAUGACGCCCUACUGGAACGACCCGGCUAUCAGCUCUUCGGUUAGCUCCAUGCUCGCGCAGUUUCCCUUCACCUUCGACGAUAAUAUGCCGCCGAACAUGACAGACAACCGGGUCUUCUUCCAUUCCACAGCCAACGACAAUCCCAACCCAGAAGCCGACCUCUCCAGUCCCAUCUAUCUCAUCAUCCCGACCGGCGUCUACCUCGACUACACCAUCCCGAACAACAAGCACUGCAUCUCCUCCAAAUUUUGCGGUCGCCUCUCAGAUGGGCUGAAGCCUUUCAAUUGGACAUGGGUCACAGGGCUGCGCGAUCCAAACGGAGAGGCGGAUCCAGAUGCGGAAGGCACCCUCGAGAAGCCGGGAUUCCCCUCACUUCUCGAUACCGUGUGCUCACAGUUCGGCGCUUUAAAGCAUGCUUUCAUCGAUCACGAUCAGUUUUGCUGGACUUUCCCUGCUGGCGGUCUUGUCAACAGUACCAAGGAUGCUGAGUUGACAUUCGUGAUCAAACGAGCUGUCACUGGAGGCUGGGAUGCCGAUGCGAACACUCUUUGGCGUUCCUGCAUGACAUCUUUCGCCAUGCUCUACGACUGCAACGGUAUCGAUGGGCUGGAGAAGAAUGUUGGCUUCAACAACCUUGGAGGUGUUGCCUGGAAUGGUUGUCUCCAGUUCGCUCUCCUUGCCAGAGACCCGGGAUCUCUAGCACAGCGUUGUGGCGUCAAUGAGCCCCCGGCUCGGUGCUCCAGUUCGAGUGUCGCGACAAUGCUUCCCACCGGUCUCCCACCUCCUAUCAGUGCUGCAUGA